AGCCCACACUUUUUAUACUGACUCUGUUUCCUGCUCUCUUUCUGUUGGCUCCUCUCUGCAGUCAUGAAAAAUCUUCAUUUCAAGGACUGUUUUUGGAGUCCUGACCUGAUCAGUACAGGAGGCUACGAUGUUAUCAUCCAGUAUCUCAAUGAUGGAAAACGGACAUGCAAAGAGGUGGAAGAGUUCAUGAAAGCCAGGGCAUCCAUUGAGGAGAAGUAUGCAAAAGAUCUCACUGGUUUGUCCAAGAAAGUGUGUGGACACAAUGAGAUGAACACUUUGAAAAGAUCGCUGGAUAUGUUGAAAUUACAGACUGAACAAGUGAGUCUGUCACACUUACAACUGGCACAGAGUAUGAGGGAGGAGGCCAGGAAACUGGAAGACUUCAGAGAAAGACAGAAAGAAGUGCGGAAAAAGAUAGAACAACAGAUGGACGCUCUUCACAAACAGAAGACUUCACACUUCAAGAAGACCAUGGACUCAAAGAAGAGCUACGAGCAGAAGUGCCGAGAUAAAGAAGAAGCGGAUCAGAACGUGAACCGGAAUGCCAACACCAACACCAAGCACAUGGACAAGCUUAAUUCUAAGGCGCAGCAAGCAAAACAGAAUGCAGAAGAAGCAGACAGACUCUACCUGCAGAAUGUGACCAUGCUGGGAAAGGUUAGAGAGGAAUGGAUGAAGGAACACGUGAAUGCCUGUGAGAUAUUUGAAAAACAGGCAGUGGAGCGUAUCGGCUUUCUGAGGAACACCGUCUGGACUCAUCUCAACCAGCUGUCUCAACAGUGUGUGGCCAGUGACGAGAUGUAUGAGGAAGUGAGAAAAUCACUGGAACAUUGUGAUAUCCAGGAAGACAUCGAACACUUUGUAAAUCUCAGACGAACCAAUGAGAACCCACCAGCUCCAGUUGUGUAUGAGAACUUCUACAACAACCAGAGACCUGCAACUGCUCCACCUCCUCGCCAACCUCCACCAAUCAACAGGAGGGGCCCAUUACCCGAGCCAACAAAUAGCAGUAGAGAAGAAGAUACACUCUACUCAACAAUCGCAGACCCCUUCUACAGUGUCAUCAAGUACUAACGUGUAUUUGACGUGAGACGGCUCAUAUUUUGAGUUUCCAGAAACGGUUCAUACACAAUUGUGUUGCAAUUGUUGCUUUUGUAUUGGAAAAAAGAGGUUAAAAUAAGGAUUUCAUUAAUUUAAUUGAUACACAAAAUCAGAAAGUCAAUAUGAAAAAUUGUGACUUUCAUUUAUAUACUUAAGAUUUUGCGGCAUUUAUGUUUAGUUUGUGCCUUUUAUUCUGCAUAAUUGCAUCCUAAUAUAUAUUUAUUUAUUUUUGUACAUCUGUACCUUAGAGGUUUGUUUCUAUGUACUUUCUAUUACUUUUUGUACAACUGUACAAACAUCUUAAGUACCCACAUGUAUCUGUAUAAAUAUGGGUUUUUAUUGUUUGUUAUAAUGGGUAUGUCCAUAAAAGUUAAGCCAUCAGGCAUAGAGAGAAUAAAUUAACCCCUUUUUUAUUAAGUUAGACUUUAUCUUUUAUCUUGAUUAUUGACCAAACCCAACCAAAAUCAAAUCACUUCCAUGCACAUAGCCAAUGAACCAGGCAAUUCUAUCACAUACGCCAGAGACAAGCCUCUAACAGCAUCACUAAUGAAUCAUAUUACAUAGAAUUGUGUAGUUUAUUAAGAAAUUUAAUAUAUUAAAGAAAGUAACAGACCAUAUCAGAUUAAUAGCAAGAGGGACUUGAACUGCCUACCAACACUUUACAGGUUGUGCUUUACUAUGUCUAUGUUUGUUCGCCGAUGUGGUUAAAAUAUAGAGUACUGAAAAAAAAAAAAGGUUUAACAACAUGAAGUCCAUGCUUAUUAAAUACAAAAUGUCUUCCACGUGUUUUUAGUGAAUUAUUGUGUUCACAAGCAAAAUCGAUUUACUACAAGUAUUACUGAAUUUUUGGCUGCUCCUUUUUUGCUUAGGUAUUACCACAGUUUUUAAAAUGGAUGCCCUUAAUGAUGCAAUGACAUAUAUACUUGGAGAAUGGGCCACAGAUGGUCUUGACCAAGUACCUUCUUUUGGGUACAAUAUGUACAUUUGUGUAUUUAACAUUCCCAAAUUACUAUCAAUUCAUCUACUGCACAGUGCAUACCUAUGGUGUAAAUAUGAUGUGCCUAUUUUUUUCUUUUAUUGUUGUUUAGUUAUCCUGUUCCCAAGAUUGUGCACACACAGAUAGACAAACAGAAGCAAGUUACCAUGAUGCCCAGCAUCCUAUUAACACACCACACAGGACAUUACAACUCUGAUGGUUACAAUAACAGCAGUACUUUGUUUCAGUUAUAAAGCCUGCAACCAGUAGU